GUUUGAUGCGACUAUGGAGCACUUUGACGCAGAGAUGAAGACUGGGAAGGCGCUUCUCUCGAUGGUUGGCACGCUCUUCGGCGGGGAAGUGCGUAAGGCGCCGCUGGUCACCGCUUCGGAUGGAAAGUCGUUGGUGGUACGAACUCGAGUCUCCAAGCGGCUGCGCUGCUCACCAGAAAAUGUCGUACACCAAGCAGAAAGACCUAAGCCCGAUGAUCGUUACGCCCGUAGGCUGGGGCCUUCACAAGAGAACGAACGCGAUCGUGUUCGUUCACAAUAUUCCGGGGCCAGAGAAGGACCUUCGCUACUUGUUUCAAGUACGGCGGGCUCAGUGGAAACUGCAAGACGGGCGACGCAAGUUGACAGCCAGUCUGGCCAUAACGGACUCUGACGCUAACAGGCGUAGUCGGGACGCUGAAGAUAUCAGGACAGGGUCGAGUGGGCUACCGAGGGCGGUAUCCACGUGGCUAUCACAGAGGUGGAUGGAAACUCGAUAGACAUCGUGUGUGACCACUGGGCGGCGUGUCAGUCCGAGCUGCAUGCCGAGUACUUGAUGAUCCAGUGGACGCAAUUCUCGGUGUGGUGGGAGCAGCUGACGGUGCCCUCCAACUUACUGCUCAGUUCGACGUAGCAUGUCAAGGUCAAGAUUCCACGAGCAGUUAAUUGUGUAUCGUCCUAGUUGGAUAUGAAUAUAUGUAAAAUACCAAC